UCAGCUGGGAAAAAACAUCGCCAUCGAAAUAACAUCGAACGUGUUUGCUGUCAACCUGACAUUCUCGUUUCUUUUGUUUGUAGACUGUUGUUAAAUAACACGAUACAGCAUGCUGAAGUGGUUCAAUCUAGUCCGCACCGCUGUGCCUCUUGUGCCGCGACCAAUUCAACCCGUACGAUGGUAUUCCGAUGUAGUGCCAUCGACCACCAAUGCCAUCGAACAACCGCCCUCCGUUGGAGUUCCGGAUAAAUUGUACAGCCGGGUAGAACUACAGAUGAAAGGAAUAGACCCGGAAGUGAUGAAAAGCUACGCUAUGUACGCUAAAACAGCGGCAGAACAUUUAAACAUAGAAGUUGGCAAACACUGGAUAAUGCGCAAAGCGGUGAAAGAUCGUCUGACACUAUUGAAAUCGGUGCACAUCUACAAGAAACAUCGAGUACAGUACGAGGUGCGAAAUUACUACCGAUUUAUGCACUUUCACAAGCUUACCGGAUCAACGCUGGACACGUUCCUGGAGUACAUCGAACGCAAUCUACCCGAGGGUAUUGCCUUGAAAGUGACGAAAGUGGAGUUGCAGCAAUUGCCGGAACAUUUACGAAAGUAGCUGUACUUUGUAAAAUAGUUAUUAAAAUUUAAAAUCGCGUAGCAUACGAAA